ACCGCCACUCCCACUCCCACUCCCACUCCCAACCCAUUAUAUCAAUCAAUACCCCAUCCGCCGAAAGAGAGACAGAGAACCCAUCACACCUAAAUCUUUGCUCCACAGGAAAAUAUGGCGAAAUUCUUGCUUGUACUCUUUGCUCUCUGCGUUGUACCCUCCAUUGUCACCGCCCGAUUCGCCAACGACCCCCUUCUGCUCACCGGUUGUGUCUACUGUGACACUUGCCGCUGCGGCUACGAGACCUCCGCCACCAAGUACCUCGCCGGUGCUGUUGUCAGAGUCGAGUGCAGAAAACGCGACUCCUCCGAACUCACCUACACGAAAGAGGCCGUGACUGACUCAACCGGACACUACAAGAUCCUUGUGGAGACCGACCGUGGCGAUGACUACUGCGAUUCAGUGCUGGUGAAGAGCCCAGACCCCGAAUGCAGCAUUCCGAACGCAGGCCGUGACCGUGCUCGAGUCAUCCUGACCCGCAACAAUGGCAUGAACUCCAACGCCCGCUUCGCCAAUGCCUUGGGAUUUCUCAAGAACACGCCUUUGGCUAGCUGCCCCCAGGUCCUCCAACAGUACCAGGAAGCUGAGGAUUGAAGUUCACAAAAAAAUAAGAUCAUUAUUUAGUCGUUAUGCACCAUUGUAGAACCCGAUAAUUGUGUGUCGUACUGUUGUUUUAGCAGUUUAUAAGUUUAUUCUUACACUGUUUAUGGAUGAUGAUGAUAUUUAUGUUUCCUCAACUUGUUAUGAUCAAUUUAUCACUUGCUUUGUGAUUCCCA